GAAGAGGCAGAAGUGGAUGUGAGAGACAGACACACACAGAGACACAGAGAGCGAAAGAGGGCAAGAGACUUGACUUUAAGAGACUCCUGCACUGACAACUCCAUGCAGUUCGGAACAAGAACGGCAGCGACCGACUCUGGUUUCAUGGGGACAUGGCAGAACACUGACACUAACCUCUUAUUCAGAAUGUCCCAACAGGCUAUCCGCUGUACACUGGUAAAUUGCACAUGUGAAUGUUUUCAGCCAGGGAAGAUAAACCUGAGAACCUGUGAUCAGUGUAAACAUGGCUGGGUGGCACAUGCCUUGGACAAGCUUAGUACUCAGCACCUCUACCACCCAACCCAAGUGGAGAUUGUGCAGUCCAAUGUUGUGUUUGACAUCAGCAGCCUGAUGCUCUACGGUACUCAGGCUGUGCCUGUGAGACUGAAGAUCCUACUUGACCGACUCUUCAGUGUACUGAAGCAAGAGGAGGUGUUGCAUAUUCUACAUGGCUUAGGCUGGACACUGCGAGACUAUGUUCGAGGCUACAUCCUUCAGGAUGCUGCAGGCAAGGUGCUGGACCGCUGGGCCAUCAUGUCCAGGGAAGAAGAGAUCAUUACCCUUCAGCAGUUCCUGAGAUUUGGAGAAACCAAAUCCAUUGUGGAGCUGAUGGCAAUUCAAGAAAAAGAAGGGCAGGCUGUGGCUGUGCCAUCUUCAAAGACAGAUUCAGAUAUAAGGACUUUUAUUGAAAGCAAUAAUCGCACCAGGAGCCCAAGUCUCCUUGCUCACCUGGAGAAUAGCAACCCUUCCAGCAUUCAUCAUUUUGAAAACAUCCCAAAUAGCCUUGCAUUCCUGCUUCCAUUCCAGUACAUAAAUCCGGUCUCUGCUCCGCUACUGGGGCUGCCUCCAAAUGGCCUUCUGCUGGAACAGCCAGCAAUGAGGCUCCGUGAACCAAGCCUUACGACCCAAAAUGAAUAUAAUGAGAGCAGUGAAUCUGAAGUUUCCCCUACACCUUUCAAGAAUGAGCAAACAUCCAGCAGGAAUGCUUUGACCAGCAUCACAAAUGUUGAGCCCAAAACUGAGCCAGCCUGCGUCUCUCCUGUUCAGACACCUACACCUGUCAAUGAUUUAUCAAAACCAGAACACACUAAAAGCUCAUUUCGCAUUCACAGAAUGAGGAGAAUGGGGUCAGCCUCCAGGAAAGGAAGAGUAUUUUGCAAUGCAUGUGGCAAAACUUUCUAUGACAAAGGUACUCUUAAAAUCCACUACAAUGCUGUUCACCUGAAAAUCAAGCACCGGUGCACUAUUGAGGGCUGCAACAUGGUCUUCAGCUCUCUCAGAAGCCGCAAUCGCCACAGUGCUAACCCCAAUCCCCGCCUCCACAUGCCUAUGUUAAGGAAUAACCGCGACAAAGAUCUAAUUCGUGCUACAUCAGGUGCCGCCACUCCAGUCAUAGCAAGUACAAAAUCCAGCCUAACUUUAACAAGCCCUGGGCGUCCACCAAUGGGGUUUACCACUCCCCCUCUAGAUCCUGUACUACAGAACCCUCUUCCCAGUCAGCUGGUGUUCCCAGCUUUAAAGACUGUCCAACCUGUUCCUCCUUUUUACAGAAAUUUACUUACUCCUGGAGAGAUGGUGAGUCCUCCAACCUCACUCCCUACCAGUCCAAUAAUACCAGCAGUGAGUGGCAUGGAGCAGCAUCCCCCUCCUCCUUCAGAGUCAUCAGUACCUUCAGUGCUGAUGCCCACCCCAGAGCCUAAUGCUGACCUUGCCCCCAAGAAGAAGCCAAGGAAGUCAAGCAUGCCAGUUAAAAUUGAAAAGGAAGUUAUUGAUACUGCCGAUGAGUUUGAUGAUGAAGAUGAAGAGGUGAAUGACAGCAGCACGAUGGUGAAUGACAUUGGUCAUGACAAUCACUGCCAUUCUCAGGAGGAAAUGAGCCCAGGACUGUCUGUGAAAGACUUUUCCAAAAGUGACAGAAGCAGAUGCAUUUCCAGACCAGACAUAAGAAGGGCAGACAGCAUGACAUCAGAAGACCAGGAGCAUGAGAGAGACUAUGAAAAUGAGUCAGAGUCAUCAGAGCCCAAAUUGUGUGAGGAAUCCAUGGAAGGCGAUGAUCGCCUCCACGAAACUGGUGAAAAAUCUAUGAUGCACAGUGACAGACCAGAUGAAAAUCACAAUGACUCCUCCAACCAGGAUGUCAUUAAGGUGAAGGAAGAGUAUACAGACCCUACAUAUGAUAUGUUCUACAUGAGCCAAUAUGGACUGUACAAUGGAGGCAGUGCCAGUAUGGCUGCCCUUCAUGAAAGUUUUGCUUCUACAUUCAACUACAGCAGCCCUCAGAAGUUCUCCCCAGAAGGUGAAAUGUGCUCCAGUCCAGACCCCAAGAUCUGCUAUGUGUGCAAGAAAAGUUUCAAGAGUUCCUACAGUGUGAAGCUUCACUACAGAAAUGUUCAUUUAAAAGAGAUGCAUGUCUGCACAGUGGCUGGCUGUAACGCUGCGUUCCCAUCACGGAGAAGCAGAGACAGACACAGUGCUAACAUAAACCUGCACCGUAAACUGUUGACCAAAGAACUGGAUGACAUGGGCCUGGACACCUCACAGCCUUCUCUUAGUAAGGACCUCCGCGAUGAAUUUUUGGUGAAGAUAUAUGGCGCUCAGCAUCAGAUGGGGCUCGACAUAAGGGAAGACACCUCCUCACCUGCUGGUACUGAGGAUUCCCAUAUGAAUGGGUACGGCAGGGGCAUGUCAGAAGACUAUAUGGUCCUAGACCUGAGCACCACCUCCAGCAUCCAGUCCAGCAGCAGUAUCCAUUCCUCAAGAGAAUCUGAUGCAGGAAGCGAUGAGGGCAUUCUCCUGGACGACGUCGAUGGGGCAAGUGACAGCGGGGAAUCUGCCCACAAGGCAGAUGCCCCUGCCUUAGCUGUAGGUAUGGGCACCGAUGUCCCAGGAUCCCUCAUGUUCAACAGUGUUUCGGUGAGCAACGGUGGGAUAAUGUGUAACAUUUGCCACAAAAUGUACAGCAACAAGGGAACCCUCAGAGUGCACUAUAAAACAGUGCACUUGCGAGAAAUGCACAAAUGCAAAGUCCCUGGGUGCAACAUGAUGUUCUCCUCUGUCCGUAGCCGAAACCGGCACAGUCAGAACCCCAAUCUGCAUAAAAACAUUCCUUUCACUUCAGUAGAUUAGUUCAAGGAUGGACACAGCAUAAUGCCAGCUCUCAGAGAGGGCCCACCACAUCUGAACUGCCAUAUACAGUCUCCCUUUAUAUAUAUAUAUAUAUAUAUAAAAAAAAAAAAAACAUA